UUGAACUUCUAAGUUCGAAUUUUGUUAUAAUAAUAAUCUAUAUUUUGCUAACGAGAAAAAAAUAUAAUAUUGUAUUAAAUUAUUAUUAUUAUUAUUACACAUGACGUAUAGAAUAAUACAUUUAUUUAUAAUAACUACUAGCUGUUAAUAAUCGUUGCACGUUUUGAUACUAUUUAUUUACAACCGACUGUAUUUGAUUUGGCAGUCAAAUGGAAACUUCUAGCCAGUAUAGCAUGCGAUGGAAAGAUUUCCCAUCACAUUUCAUGUGUGAAUUCGAAUCUUUGCGCAAUGACGAACGGUUUGUGGACGUGACGCUGUGCUGCGACGAUCAGUUCAUAAAAGCCCACAAAAUUAUUUUGUCCGCAUGCAGUUCUUAUUUUAAAAAAAUAUUAUUGAUGAAUCCGUCAAAACACGUUACAGUCAUAAUGCACAAUGUCGAAUAUGAACUUAUGAAAAUGCUGAUAGAUUUUAUGUACUUGGGAGAGGUUCACGUCAACCAAAACAACGUCGACAGGUUUUUCAAAUUGGCCAAAACGUUCAACGUACAAGGAUUUCAGAACGAUGUAAACAAAAACGAGAGUUCGGUUUCGCCUUCGCUGUGUGAAGCUAUAGAACAAGACGUACCGAAAAAUGAAAUUGUCGAUCCGGUAGACGGACACAGUAAUGGAUUGUUUUCUGGAUUUAAUCAGCUCGUCGACACUAAUGAAACUGCUAAACGAAGGAAAGUGGAAGGCAGUUAUUGGCCAUCGUCGGUUGAAGCGGCUCCAAUGUCAACACCCGACAAGCAAAAAUUCCAUUCGUUGGACCCGAGGCCUUGUCCCGAGUGCGGACGACAGUAUAGUAGCUUGUCGAAUUUGAGGCAACACAUUGAACUGAUUCAUAAACCAGGUUGUGUCGUCUGUCCUUUGUGUGGUAAAACAUUCAAGAACAAGUUAUAUUUACGACGUCACUUUAUAAGUUUUCACGAAAUGUUACCAUCUAAAGUUCAAAACCCAUCCGAUCCAAACAUACCGUACACGUCAAAUACUAUCCAUUAUCAAUCGGAUUCGACAGAACGAUUACAGUUAAAGCCCCAAACCAGUAGCCAGCAACAAAUUACAGCAUCUUGUUUUGAUCAGAGUCUGCAUCCCCAUUAGUUGUGAAGAAAAAUUAAUAUAAAAAAAAGUUUUGUAAAAUCAAAUUUUCGUUGACUAUUUCUAUUAUUUUCCAAAAUUGUUUUCAACUUGUAAAUCAAUUCAGUGCAUUUAUUGAUUAAGCUGAGUUUUAUCAAGUCAAUAUUUGAUCACCGCAAUUAAUUAUUGUUAUGUGUAAAUAGAUACACAGUUUGAUAAUUAAUUUCCAACACAACUAUAUCAUAUUGUACUAAUAAAAACUAGAUUUGUCUUCCAAAAAUGUAUGUGUUUUAGAGGCUAUUUUGUUGUCUCCCUAAAACCGCCACUAACUAUGUGCAAUAAAAAACAAAUUGAAAAGAUCACACAAAUUUUAUUUUAUUUUUGUUAGUAAUUUGUAUUUUUAAUUUUAUAAUUUUUUUGAUCUCGGAAUAUAAACUUAAAUGUUUUGUUUUAAUACACAAUAAUACGAAUAACCUACAUAAGUGACGACUACUGUUUAAACUACGGUCUAAAAAUGUUUAGUUGUUGUUAAGACUGUUGGAUUUGUAGUAGAGUAUUUUCUAUAUUAUUUAUCUUGUAAUUAUUAUUGUUUACUUGUAAAAGUUUAUUUUUUAAUAUGUUGUUGUUGUAAAAAAAAAAACUAAUAAUGUACAAAUAUAAUAUAUAUUGUGUAUAUAAAAAU